GUGAUCUCUACCUACCUAAUGUGAAUCGAUACCUAAAAUUUUACCUAGGAUUAGCCAUAACGGUUACUUAUUUAAAAACAAUCAUAAUUUAUUUUUCUGGCAACAUAUGACUUAUAAUGUCAAAAACAAGCUUUCGAGGGUUUUAUUUCUUGCUUAUUUCCUGCAAUUUGUACUGAAACAUAUAAUUUAAUGUGUUAAAUUUCACGUUAACUACAUUAAACAUUAAUGAGUUUUCAAAUAUAAAAUUUUCAAACUAAACAAAUUGUGUAUUGUGUGUUUGAACUUGAGGACGAUGUAUCGGUUUCUUGUUCUAUCGACCAUAUCGAAUGUAGUCAAAUGGUGUUCAGAAGCGAAAGAGAACACACCGUUCUCUCUACAAUAGUGACACUUCGUGUUUUUGAUACAGUAUGAUCGCAUAGUGAACUACCUGAAAUAAAAUUAUUCUAGUCUUAUUCUUCCAUUUACCCUCAACGAAAUUUAUAUUGGACCAUUUGAAAAUCAUCAGUUAGUAGUGAAAGAUUGGGUCCUGAAUUAGAACAAUGUUUCGUGAAUCUUAUGAAAGACGUUUACUGCAACAAUGCAGCCCAGUGAACAGAAAACAGGGAGUGUUGGUCCGGCCAGAGUACAUGGACAGAUAUAUCCCAUACAGGCCAGGAAAUAAUUGGCAAACAAGCUUCCAAGCGAUCCGCAGAGGUACAGAAAAUCAGCCCACCAAGAAGGCGCGUGGUGAUGGCACAACCGGUGAUGGCACAGGCGGCGGUCGGGACCACCUGGCGUAUGGCUGCUUAUUGAGGAACGAACUCCUAGGCGCCGAAAUAGAGGAGUUGAGAGGUCCUCCCAACAGCUGCGCGGAAGGCAACAGAGCUGCAUUGGGAGCUGUGCAGUUAGCUUCGGCUGCUAAAGCCGCCCUAGCAUAUUCACCACCCGUGUUCAGAUUUAGAGCCCCCGGAAAUAAAUCUGAGGAAAACAUAGAUCCAUCGCCGUACAGCCUUUCACCGGUGUCGGCUAAAUCACAGAAGCUGCUCCGUUCCCCUAGGAAGGCAACGAGGAAGAUCUCGCGGAUCCCGUUCAAGGUUCUCGAUGCGCCAGAGUUGCAGGACGACUUCUAUUUAAACCUAGUGGACUGGUCCGCGCAGAACGUGCUCAGUGUCGGCCUGGGAAGCUGCGUGUAUCUGUGGAGCGCUUGUACCAGCCAGGUGACGCGACUAUGUGACCUAUCAUCAGAAGGCAAUGCGGUCACUUCAGUGGCGUGGGGUGAGAGGGGUCACCUCGUCGCUGUUGGGACACAAAAGGGGCACAUUAGCGUGUGGGACGUUAGUGUCAAUAAAGAGGUGACAAAACUACAAGGUCACAUAGCUCGGGUUGGUGCUCUGGCGUGGAACGGUGACAUUCUGAGUUCGGGUUCACGAGACAGGCACAUACGUCAGCGGGAUACGAGAACGCCGCCACUACAAUCGUCAAGGGUACUACAAGGGCACCGUCAAGAGGUGUGCGGCCUAAAGUGGUCGCCGGACGGUCAGUCGCUUGCGUCCGGAGGCAAUGACAACAAACUAUUCGUCUGGUCUAUGCACUCGACGAGUCCGGUGCAGACGUACUCGUCCCACGUGGCGGCCGUGAAGGCGAUCGCGUGGUCGCCGCACCAGCACGGCCUGCUGGCGUCCGGCGGCGGCACCGCGGACCGGUGCAUACGGUUCUGGAACACGCUCACCUCGCAGCCGAUGCAGUGCGUCGACACGGGAUCCCAAGUGUGCAAUCUGGCGUGGUCGAAACAUUCGAGCGAGUUGGUGUCCACGCACGGUUACUCGCAGAACCAGAUUCUAGUAUGGAAGUACCCUUCAUUGACGCAGGUAAGUUGUCCCUGUUAAAAUUAACGUUAUAUACAUUACUAGCUUUCCGCCGGCGUCUUUGCCCGCAUGGUCUUCUAUUAUACAUAUAAAUCUUUCACUUGACUCUUAUCGAUUAACCCCCGGUUUCAAUAACCAAAAAACUAUCCGUUUUUGCUACCAUCCGUAGCAUUUCCUACCGAUGGUAGCAAAAAAGUGUUUCAAUAACAUACCAUUGGUAGGUAAAGCUACCGACGGUGUGCUACUAACGAAUUGAUCUGAUACUGAUAACCGUUCGUAGGCAAAAUGUAUGAAAAUGG